GCCCGCAUUUUGAUAGCAAUUUAGCAAAAUUUUGUAGAAAAUUGUACCGACUGUGAUUGUAAUUCGUAAUUGUUCAAUAAAAAUGGGCAGUAAACUGUUUAACAAACUCUUGCUAAUUGCCGGAUUUGCCAGCCUGGCACAUGCUGCUUUUUCUGCUGCCCAUCAUCGCACCUAUUUGAGGCUGACGGAGCAGGAAUGGAAUAGCCUUCCAUUGGACAUUAUCCUGCAGACCGUCAUCAGUUUGGUGAUUGUGAUUUACAACAUCAUCGAGAUCGUUGGCAACUUCAAGGAAAUUCGCGCCACCGUGGACAUGCAACAGAAAACUUGGGACACCUUGGGCAACUUCCCCUCGUUCUAUUCCUUCAAUCACCGUGGUCGUGCCUUAAAUCCUGGAUAUACGCCCCCGGAAUAAGAGACCUUUCUUUUAAGUUCUGCUAUCCUUUUAUUUAUAGUCUCAGCAAGUUACAAUAUAGAUAACGCUAAAGAUCAACC